CUGAUUUUGAGAGAAACUUUCUGGUUUUAGAGAGAGAAGAGAGAGAAGGUGAAGAAAGGAGAAGAGAAGCAGAAGAAGGAGGAGCUAGGAUCAAGAAGGCAUCUUCAACCCCAAGUCUUCUUCUAUUUCUAUCAUGUAUCUUCUUCCCUCCUUUAUGGAGUAGUCCUCUAAGGUACUAGGGAUUCUAAAUCCCAAACCCUAGAUUUACAGUUUACUAUGUAUAUAUAUAUGGAUAUUUUAGGGUUUGAAUGAAUGAAUGUGUUUGUCUAGUUGAUUUUAAUGCCACUCUCUUCUAAAUGAUGACGCUUGGGUAAUUUGCCCGAAUCUUCCCUCUUAGCUUACUUUAUGCUACCGCGCUGGGUACGGAGUUCUAGGGUUAGACGGGUGUGCGCCAUCUGGCGAGUUUAGGUUAGAUGUGUCAAUGGGGGCCUAUAUUGGUGGAGGCGACCGAACCCCUGCUUUAGGUAGCCUUCCUAGAUGAAACUAGGGAUGAAAUCUCGGUGUGGAUGGUGGAUAGUGUCCAUUGAAAUGAGCCAUAAGUUUAAGGACCCAAAUACGAUAGUCUAGAUCAAGGUGACUGGAACAUGGGUUUAGGGGAGGCAUACUCGGUAGGGAUGUCAAUGGGUCGGGUUUUUACAAACCCAAACCCAUGGGUUUAUCCGCCAAAAAACCCGGGGUAAAACCCGCUGGAUUUGAAAAACUUAAACCUAACCCAACCCGCUGGGUAUCCGCGGGUUCAUGGGUACCCGUGGAUUUUUGUAGUAAAAAAUUUACAAUAACAAUUAACAAGAAACUAUCAAAAUAAAAAUCAAGCUUAAAUCUCACCAUACAAACUAUACAUACAUAAAACACCAUUCUUGAAAAUUCAAGCAAAUUAUACACUAUCCAUACAAAUUGUUCAACACCAAUCUAGAAAAUUCAAGAAAGUCACAAAUUUUCCAUAAACAACAUGAUUAAUUGUAAUUUCCUCCUCCUUAGAACUUGAACAUUGUCAUCUUAGCUUCACUCUCCGCUCAAUAAUGAAACACAGAGUUCAAAGGGGGAUUUGAUUACUAGAGCGUUCAAACAAGAACGUCUGAUUAGGGAUUAAUGAUACUGGAAUAGAUGGAAAUGGUGUACAAUCUUAAUCCACCAUGCCAAACAAAACAAAAUUGUCUAUGACAAAAAGAGAAAAGUACAAGAGAAAUCAAAGCUCAACCUAUAUCGAAGAACCCAAGUAUGCAGCAGAUGCUCUGAGACAAGCAAACUUCUUCAAAACCUAACGAACAACAAAAAGAAAGACUUCAGACAACAGGGUAGAAGAAAACUAGGUAUUGAAAAACAUCAAAGUGCAACUGAAGCAACCUCUUCCUUGGUAUUCACCCCCUCAAUCUGGAUCGGAGAAGAGUUGGGGUACUGGUUUGCCUUGGAACUAAUUAUCACCAACAAAAUCAACAAUUAAUCUCUCGAAACAAACAAACAAACAAAAAACCUUAGAAAGAUCUCCACCAUUACUGAAACCUACACUAGCUAAUCAUAUUCAUCAUACCAGAAAUCAAAGAUCUGUAAAACCAUUCUUCAGUAACCCAUUUCCUGACAUCCUAACAAGACAAUAAUAGAGAAAUAGGAGCAUCAAUCAAAGUUCAAACCUCAAUACCUCUUGUACCCUAGGAUAAUUCCUCAGACGUGGGGAAUGGAGGUCGAGACGCGGAGGCGCGGAGCAGCCGAGCAGGGGGAGGGCGGCGGGAUGGGAGGUCUGGGGCUCUGGGCGGGGCGACGACCGUCGCGAAUGGAGUCGGUACGGGAGGGUGGAGGUGGCGCGGAGUCGCGCGGGGUUUCAGAGAGGGAGAGCCGGAGAGGAGAGGGAUGGAAUGGAAGGUACAGGCGUGCAUGUGCGGCGGGUGUCUGGGAGUUGGGGGGAAUUGGGCAAUUGUUGGGUUUACUAAGUGUAGCAGAUAUCCAUGGGGCAUGUACCCCAAACCCGCCCCAACCCGCCCAACAACACACCGGGUUUAAACCAAAACUCGACCCGAACCCAGUCAACACGGAUUUUACCUGUUUUGACCGGGUUGGGUACCUGCGGGUCCGGGUUUCAUAUGCUGUCUCUAGUACUCGGAGGCAUGUGGAUAACUACGAAAGCCUAUGGAAAAGAGCUCACUCACUAUAUUCUUAAGUAUCUAGAUUUGCAUAGUGACCCUAAACUAGGGGAGUGAUAGUUCCCCGAAGUACCUGUUUUUAGCUUUGAUUAACCUCUAGACUAAUGUUUCCUCAUAUCAUCCCUCAAAGCCUCAAAAAACCGAUUAACUAAGUAAAAACUAAGUGGGAAGUAGACUAGGGUACCAGGACCCGAGUAGAUGAUGACUUUCAUUACGACUAUACUACAAUACCGUUUUAGGUUAAACUUGACUUAGAAUUAGAUAGUUGGUGAUAUGUGCUCACUUAUGACAAUAACCUGUACGAAUUCAAGUGAUUACGAAUCUAAUAAUCUGUUACGAAGCAUCGUCAUAGAAGCUUUACUCCCCAGUCUCCACGUUAAUCAUAGGGGAGAAUACAAAGUAAGAAUGUCA